AUGAUUUCCCUUCUCUUCUUUCUUCGACUCUGCUUUUCUUUCUCUUGUUCCCUCUCUCUUUUCCUUUUUUUGGAAAUUCUGUUUAUCUCCUUUCAUCUUUCUGUAAUUUCUCUUCUUUUUAUUCAUUCCAAAUUUCUUCUCUUUUUUCUUUUCUUAUGGGCUUAUCUUCUCUUCUUUCCUUGUCUUUUCUUCAUCUCUUUGCUUCCAUAUUUAUCUCUAUUCUUAUAUAUAUAUAUUUCUUUAUAUAUAUUUCUCUCUAUUUAUAUAUUCCUAUGUCAUUCCUUCUUUUCCUUAUAUAUAUAUUUUCUUCUCUAUAAUUCUCUUGUCAGUUCCUUGCUUUCUUUUCUGCUACAACUACACUUAUUUAAUCUUUUUUUAUAUGUAUCCUUUCUUUUAAUGCUUUUCUUCUUACUUUUUAAAAUUGUUUUUCUUCUCUUUUUCAUUCAUGUCUUUUCCUUCUUUUCAAUGUUCUUUUCUUUUUCCAAAUUUUUUUCUUUCAUUCCUUUAUUUCCUUUCUCUCUUUUUCUUUUCUUUUUUCUUUUUCAUUCCUUUUUUCCUUUCUCUUGCUUUUCUUUCUUUUUGCUUUUUCAUAUAUAUUUAUUUUUUCUUUUAUUUUUUUUCUAUAUUUUUAUUUUCUUUUGUCAUUCCUUUCAUUUUCCUUUCUCUAAAAAGGUUCUUCUUAUUUUUUCUUCACUCCUUUCUUUUCUUUCCUCCCCAUUUUUUUUUCUUUUUUUUUUAGUGUCAUUCAUUUUUUUUUCCUUUUCUUUCUUUUUUCUGCAACAUUUUUCUCUUGAUGGUUUGUCUUUCUUUUUUCCUUUCUUUCUUCUGAAAACGUUUCUUAAAGAAUCUUACUUUUCCUUUCUUUUCUUCUUUUUUUUCCUUUCUCUUUCUUUUCUUCUUUUUACUUCCCUUCUUUUUCUUUCUCUUUUUUUGUUUUUUUUUCCUCAGGAAUUCCUUUUCCUUUUUCUUUUCUUCCUUUCUUCUUUUUUUUCCUAUCAAUCCUUUCCUCUGCUUAUUUUUUUUCUUUUCCUUUCUUUUCCUUUUUUAAAUUCUUUCUCAUUUGUUUUUCCUUCUUUUAGUAAAAUUCUUUCUUUAUUUUCCUUGAAUUUCUUUUCUUUUUCCUUUUCUUUUAAGAAACCUUUUUUUUUUCCUUUUCCUUCUUUUUUUUUUUUUCUUUUUUUAUAUUUUUCUUUAUUUAAAAAUAAUAUUUCUUUCUUUUCCUUUUUUUGCUUUUGCCUUUUUUUUUCCUUGUCCUCCUUCUUUCUAUUUGAUAUUUCAUUUCCCUUUCUUUUCAUUCUCUCCUUCCUUUUUCUCCAAGUCUUUUUUCCCCUUUCUUUCCUUCUUUUUCUUUUCUCAACCAUUUUUUUUGAAUCAUUUCUUCUUUUUUUUCUUUCCCAUUUUUUCUUUCUUAUUUUCCUUCUUUUCCUUCUUUUCCUUUUGGAAUUUCUUUUUUCAAAAAACAUUUUUCCUUUCUUUUCAUUUUCUUCUUCCCUUUUUUUCAAAAAUUUCUUUUUUUUUUUUCUUCUCUUCCCUUCUUUUUUUCAUUUCCUUUCCUUUUCUUUUCCUUUUUUUCCCUUUUUCUUCCUUCUUUUUCUUUUUUUAUUUGCAAGCUUCUUCUUUUUCCUUUCUUUUCUUUCUAUUUUUUUUCCUUCUCCUUCCUUCUUUUCUUUUCUUUUCUUUUCACUAAAUUUUCACCUUCUUUUCUUUUAUUCUUUUAUCUUUUUCUCUUUAUAUAUAUAUUUAUUUUUUUUGUUUAUUUUCCUUUUUUUUUUUUUUUCAUUUCCCCUUUUUUUCCUUCUUUUUCCUUUCUCUGCUCCUUUCUUUUUCUUUUCCUUGAUUUUUCUCUUUUUUUUUUUUUUAAAUUUUUUUUCUUUUCUCUUCCAUUCUCUUUUUCUUUUUCUUUUCUUUUUUUCACACAAAUUCUUCUCUUAUUUUUUACCCUUUCUUUUUUUUUUUAGAAUCUUACUUUUUUCCUUUUCAUUUAGUUCUUUUCCUUUCUUUUUUCCAUUUCUUCCUUUUUUCCUUUUUUUCCUCUUGUUUUUCCUUUCUUUCAUUCUUUUUUCUUUUCUUUUCUUUUUUCUUUUCAUUUUUCCUUUUUUUUUUCUUUUUUUUUCCUUUUUUCCCUUUCUUUUACUUUUUUUCCUUCUUCUUUGCUUUUCCUUCUCUUUCCCAGAUCUUUUUUUCAUUUCUUCUUUUCCUUUUCUCCUUUCUUUCUUCCUUUUUUUUUUUCCUUCUUUUCCUUUCCCUUUCUUUUCUUUGUUCUUUUUCCUUUUCCUUUAUUUUUUUAAUUUCAUUCCUUUUAAGUUCCUUUUUUUAGAUCAACUUUUUUUUUUCCCAAAAUUUUCUUUUCUGUUUAUUUCUUUCUCCCUUUCCUUUAAAAAUUUUUUUUUUGAUUUUUAA